CUUGCUCAGCCACUCUUAAUUUCUACUACCAGCCAAGUUUUGUGACAGCAGAGACCGAUCGAGCCGAGCCGAGCAGCGCGAUGGAGAAGCUGACGCCGAGCAACGCGAAGAAGGCGAUGGAGGACAGGGAGGAGAAGCCCAAGGUGCCGUCGACCGACCCGGACGACAACCUCGACGACCUCGCCGCCGGGCAGCGGCAGCCGCAGCUGCAGAGGGAGCACCAGGCGCCCAACAUCUCGGAGAUGAAGCCGAUGACGCGGGAGGCAUACGGCGGCGGGAUGUACGCGGCGGAGGAGGGCCGGAGGGAGCCCGGGAAGCCGCGGGCCAGCGCCACGCAGAGCGCCGACGGGCCGGAGGAGCCCGUGGCCAAGCCCAGGCACCCGCCGCCGCCGUCCACCGGCGACCGCGACCUCGACAUCACCGGCAUGUCCUACAUCCAGUAGGCGGUAGUAGCUAGCUUCUCUUCCUCCUUUUGCGUGCCCGUGUGUUUGGGGCGUGUGCUAGAGCCUAGAGCGGCCGUUCGUUGUGUUCUCCCUUUUUGUGCAUGGACUGAUUUCUGAAUAAGAUGUGAGCGCGAGUUUUCUUCG